GGGGCAGUGGAGAGCAGUGGAUGGUAGGGGCAAUGGAGGGCAAUGGGUGGUGGGAACGGUGAAGGGUAGUGAAUGGUGGAGACGGUGGAGGGUAAUAGAGGGCAGUGGGAGGAAAUGGGAAAUGCUUUUAGAAAUCUUUCUUACUCAGAUUCCUAAUUGGGUUCAGCCAGUUUCAUUAAGGGUUCAUUUGGUUAUUAGUGACUGUAUCG